AUGAUAGCAAUGGGACUAGAAGGAAGCGCUAACAAGCUGGGCAUAGGAAUAAUGAAAGACGACGAAAUAUUAGCAAAUGAAAGAUUUACGUAUGCACCUCCCCCCGGAGAGGGCUUUAUCCCUGCAAAAACUGCAGAGCACCACCGGGAGAAGAUUCUAGAUCUUAUAGCUGCAUCACUGGAGAAAGCCAGAAUACGCCUUGGCGAUAUUGAUGUAUUUUGCUAUACAAAGGGGCCUGGGAUGGGUCUUCCCCUAUCUGUGGUUGCUACCGUUGCUCGCACACUGAGCCUCUAUUGUAAUAAGCCACUCAUUCCUGUGAACCAUUGCAUAGCUCACAUAGAGAUGGGAAGGUUUGUGACCAGAGCAAAGAACCCUGUCAUCUUGUAUGCCAGCGGGGGAAACACCCAAAUCAUAGCAUAUCAUAACAAAAGAUACAGGAUAUUUGGAGAGACACUGGACAUUGCUGUUGGAAAUUGCAUAGACAGGUUUGCCAGGGAACUUAAGCUGCCAAACUUUCCUGCUCCUGGCCUCAGUGUCGAGAAAUAUGCAAAACUUGGAAAAAAUUACAUUGAGCUUCCUUAUAUUGUGAAAGGGAUGGAUGUCUCUUUUUCCGGAAUUCUGUCAAACAUAAAGAGUAAGAUCGUAGAGAACGACCAAAUGAAAUAUGAUUUGUGCUAUUCCCUGCAGGAAACAGUCUUCUCGGCGCUUGUAGAGGUCACAGAAAGGGCAAUGGCAUUUAGCAACUCAAAAGAAGUUUUGAUUGUCGGCGGCGUUGGGUGCAAUCUGAGGCUUCAAGAAAUGAUGAGUUUAAUGGCGAAAGAGCGUGGUGGGGUUUCCUAUGCAACUGACGAGAGGUUUUGCAUAGAUAACGGGCUGAUGAUUGCGCAUGUAGGCAUGUUGAUGGCUAAGGCAGGGGCCUCUUUCAGCCUUGACGAAUGCUUUGUCACGCAGAGAUAUAGAACUGACUCAGUGGAGGUAACUUGGAGAGAUGACUAG